CGUAACCCGGCCGGCAGGCGGCGGCAGGCCGACCCCGACGCGGGGACGCGAACCGGACAAAUAAAAGGAUCCUUCAUCCCUCUCCCCCAGAUCGAAAACCGAAUUGCCGCAGUGAGGCCCUAGGUAUCAUCCUCCCGCGCCGCGAAGUCCCAGCCAGAUCUCUCGGCGAGGCGACGAGAGUUUUAAGACCAGCGAUGGCCGGCGUCGAGUGUCAGCCGAAGGUCUCGCCUAGCAAAAGAAAGGCGGAGUCUUUGGCCGGCGACGAGAGUUCGCUGGAGAGGAACGUGCCAGCAAAAGGAUCGACUGUUCCGAGGCGGAGAAGGGCCCGCUGGUCGCCGGCGGAGAAGGAGAGGAGGCUCCAGCGAAGAAGAUGUGGCGGCUGCCGCAGGAAGAGGUCGACUGGAUCCUCGCCCAGUCGAACGAACCUGUCGAUCCUGAGAUACGGGCCCUGAAGCGUGCCAACCCGUCGCUGGUGCCGUCGCCGGAGGAGGAGAAGGAUGACUUCACGGUGCUCCUCUACAAGUGUGCCCGACUCUGCUACGAGGAUGAAGCCAAGUUCGCAAAAUUCCAGGCGUGGGUCCGCUGCGAGUACGCCUCCAAAGGAUUUGUGGACGUCGACUACGACUACUUCGGUGAAAGAGCCGAGGCAAUUAGGCUGAGCCACGAAGCACGCGACGAGGUGUUCAAAGACUGGGAUCUCUCUUCCGACAGCGAGGACGACUACGCUUGCAAGCUUGUGAAGAGGAAAGUUAGGAGUUUUUUUCUGAAACAAACGCUGCUCAGAGUAGAUGGUGCCUGUGGUCUGUCACAGCAUCAGAGCAUUCCUCUUUUCUUAUCUAGUAAUCAUUCCUAAAGCAAUUCAAUGUGCUUCAAUUCUUGAAUAAUUCACCACUUUAGGUUUAGGAUACUACCACUGUGCUUCAAUUCUCAGUAUGCUGAAAUUGAAGUGUGUUCUGUUGAUCAAUUGUCAUGCUUGA